AUGUCUGCCUCCGCCGAAGCCCGUCUGAUCCUCAAGUACUUUGGCACCGUCUCGAAGACGGUCUCCACGGUCGGCCAGCGUGCCAUGACCGGUGCCGCGUCCGGCCACGCCUCGGCCAACGCGUCCCCUGUUGCCAAGGCCGUGACAGGCGCGGCGCCCGUCGCCGACCGCGAGGCCCUGCUGGCCUUCAUGCGCGCCAACCCCGUCACCUUCUACCCCGCCCAGAUGCGCAUGGCCAUGUGA